AGUCACCAAAGAUAGCUCGAAUUCGGUUGAUUUAAUCAAAGAGAAUAUGAAUUUUAAUUUCGCAAGUAACAUGCUUUUCGUCUAAGAUGGUGCUAAGGAUUUCGUUCACAACAAUUAUAACUUGUGUGUGUGUGAUCGAAGCUUUAUAGGAACAGAAACGGUUAUGGGGAGUGUGGUGAAAUUCAACAUUUUUGUAGUAUCAGUACUUGCUUGUCUCAGUAAAGCAGCGGCGCAAUGGGGUGGACCCGGUGGACGAGGCACGGGGCCGUACUGGCGGGGUGCAACCACUGGUGUUGGUCCCAGGCCACCGCCGAGACGAACGGAUCUGUGUUGCAAGCAAAGCGUCAGCUACGGAGGCAGUUCAGUUCCGGUGCCAUUGGCCAAGAACUGUAAAGACAUCUUAGAUUUCGGUGGAGGUCGAGACGGUGUAUAUACCAUCUAUGUAUCUGACCUGGAGAGCUGUAGCAAGAGAGAGGUUUACUGUGAUCAACAGAGGGACGGCGGAGGAUGGACGGUAAUCCAACGGCGUUUCAACGGCAACCUCAACUUCUACCGCGGUUGGCAGGAGUACGCGAAAGGCUUCGGGUUUCUGGACGGGGAGUUCUGGCUGGGGUUGGAAUGGAUACACCUACUCACACACCAGGGACCAACCGAGGUUCGAAUCGACCUACAGGACUUUCAAUACGAAGAGGCACACACGGUUUACCGCUUUAUAUCAGUGUCCGACGCGGCUAAAAAUUACACGCUGACCGUACGGCGUUACGACACGUCGUCAACCGCAGGCGACGCUCUCAGUCCUCACAACGGCGCCCAGUUCUCGACCUUCGACGCCGACAACGACCGAUGGAGCGGUAACUGCGCGUCCGAGUACUCCGGUGCCUGGUGGUACACGAGCUGCCACACCGCUAACCUCAACGGUGUCUACCUGGGAGGACCGACGAGCGACUAUGCCAAGGGCGUGGUCUGGAACUCCUGGAAGGGGUAUAGCUACUCCCUCAAGUUUGUCGAGAUCAAGAUAAGACCGCUGCCACCUCCGUUUUGAUGUUGUAAUAGAAAUCAGUGAGAUGGACGCUUUAGGGGGAUAAUGGAUGUCCCCCGUUAAGGAGACAAGUUACGCAUUAGUGUACACACGUGAACUUUGAACUACGCUGGUCGGUGUGGAGAUGCAUCUAUGAGAAUGACUUUUGUGACUAUUUUAUGUAAAAGAAUCGUAUAAAAUAUGGAAUGUAACAGCCCCACCGCACUAUUUUGUCCAGGAGGGAGUAGACCUCCCUGCAUGGUCACUGACAGGUGGUUAUCUCAUCAAAUAAGCUCU